CGAAUCUUUUGGCCUCAGAAUUGGCACACAUAGACACCAGACAGAGACUGGCAAGUACACAGAUGUUAAUGCUUGUGUUGGCUAUGUAGUGCAAAAACUUACAUAUAGCACCAACCACUCACACAUUCCCGCAAAUAUCACAGUAUGACAACUGAUUCCUCAAAUAAACCUUUUUGUAUUUUUGUACUUUUGUAUUUUAGAGAUACAAGAGAAGUAAAAACUGAAAAAGUGAACCUCUCCAAAUGUGCAGUUACAAGCUAAGCUGAAUGGUUAGUAGUUAGUACUGAAUCGGAUUGGGAUCUGGGGAGUUUGGAGCCCAAGUCAACAUCUUCGGCUCUUUGUCAUGUUCCUCGAGACAUUUCUGAGCAGUUUUUGUGGUGUGGUGGGAACAUUUUCCUGCCAGGGGAGGCCCCUGACUUUGGGGAGUGUUGUUACCAUUGGAGGGGUGAGUGCUUGAUUUGUGACAAUAUUCAGAUGGGUGGUAUGUGAUAAAGUAACAUCCAAAUGAAUGUCAGGACCAAAGGUUCCUCAGGAGGACACUGUGUUAUAACAAGAUGAUCAAUAUUAUUCACUUCAUCCACCAGUGGUCAUAAUGUUAUGGCUGAUCUGUGUAUAUUGUAAUCAUACUUUUAUUUUAAUUUUCACUUAACAGAACAAUAAUAUAAAAUACAAACAUCCCUGAACAAUAGGGGUGGAACCAAAACCAUGUAUAUAUGAAAGGAAAAUAAACUUUAAAGAAAGGGUAAUAAUAAUAAUUAGAAUAAUAAUAAUGAUAUGUUCCAGCUGUCAGUUUACAUUUAACACAUAAUGGUGACCUAGCAGGAUCUAUUCUUUUCAUUACCUGUGGUAUCCUAUGUUGCCUAUGAAAUAUUCUACACUGCAUUUCAACAUUUAUUAACUAGAAACAAAGAGUGCGAGGCCUGAAUACAUCUCUCCCAGUAACUAAGACUAAAACACAGGAAGAGACACUGUGAAGUGUUUAUAUUUAUGUAUUUAUGCUUUUGGUCACAUUAUAUGACUUUGCCACUGACAGGACCAGAUCAGAGUCAACCCAGUUAGUCCAGCAGUGAGACGCUGUUUAAAACUAAACAAACUACAGGUUUGCAGGGAGGCUCCUGGUUUUCGGUGGUGCCUCCUGGGUCCUGUUCCUCUCCCCGCCUCGGGCCUCAGGUGGGCUGCAGGUCCUUAGGUUCUGCGGUCCUCUCUCUGUUCCUCCGUGUUGUUUUCGGUCCAUCUACCUGAACUCUCAGCAUGUUUAUCACUGUAUGUAUCGCUGGAUCUCAUUGCCUGUUCAGCAGCGUCAGCCAGCCCCAACCCUCGCACGUCACUGGCUGCGCUCGGUGCCAGGCAGGGAGAUUACCGUGACGUCAUGACGGCGCUGUAGGCGAUUGGUCGGUCCGUCGCGCAUAGUCUCACUGCCAAGUAGCUGGGGUUUUGUUCACCAUGUUGGAUCCGUGGUUGCUGUCGGAAGCCUUGUGACUGAUAGUUGGAUCAUGUCAGCGGCAGCAGAGCGUCGUGGGCUCGUCGCGUAGCGGAUCAACCGGGUUGUCUUCCUGUUCUUCCGCUGACAGCAGGGCUCAGCUGCAGCGACGCGGACAGAGGCGCGGCCGGUUUGAUGCGCGGACACGGACACGGCUCUCGGCUAACUCCGGGCUUCUCAGCUUCAUCACCGCUGUCUUAUUUCUGGCUCCUGGCAGCAGGAUCGCUGAUCCCGCAUUAAAAGGAUUUAACUUUGUUCCCGCAUUGUUCCUCCUCCUCCGUGGAUCAGUGGAUGUGAGCCGCGGGAGGACACGGUCCAACUCAGCGGACACACCGCUGUCCAUGGGGGAAACAAGUUGUAUGUCCGCGGUGUGUGAGGAUCGCUGCGGCUCUGAAGCUCGGUGUUUCAGUCACGGUGAUGAAGCUUCGUUUCCCGUUGCUCGGCUCGGUGGAUCGGUGUGGUAAUAUGUGAGUGGAGUGGACAGCCGAGGCCUGGGCCUGCCUGCCUGCCUGCUGUAUUGUGGCUUGGGCCAGGAUACACCUCUGCAUCGGAUCAGCAGCGUUAAUCACGGCCCGGAGAUUAGCCCUGUUUACGGCGGAGCUGCCCCGAGGAGGGGGAAGACUCAGUUUUGGAGUAGAUGAGAUUUCCACACCGAACCGAGCCCCGGCGGCGGACCUUGGACAGUUUUCAAAGAUGAAUGCGCUGCUGCUUCCCAUGUGACAGGCUGUAGAUCACACAGUGCUAUCAGGAGGGACGGGGCUCCACCUCCAUCAUGAGGGACAUCUAGGGCCACAGACUUGUUAUUUAUUGAGGGGGGAGCGGGUUAUUUAGGAACCAGUGUGUGUUAGUAGUCAUUGUGAGCGCAGGUUUUCAGACUGCUCCUGAUAUGCUCUCCGUCAUGUGCCCCAGGCUCCAGCAGCCUGAUGGUGAGCCAGACACUAAAUUAAUUUAGACCAAGUGGGUCAGAUCCUUGUUGGCGUUAUGAUAAAGAGGCUCACCGCAGUGGUUUGUGUCCCCGCAGACUGGAAGUAGCUGCUGCUGGAUCUCUCAGACCUCAGACCAGAUUUAUAUGUGCUGUCUGGAAGUUUGAAGAGUUUUGUAGCCUGGUAGCCUUUAGCUUCACUUUGAGAAGCGGUGAGUGACAGGAGGAGUGUUAGCGGCGGUGAAUGGCUCUCUGUGGCACAGCUGCUACAAAUGUCACAAAAAUGAUGGCCGCUUAUAACGGUGGCUCCUCGGCUGUGGCUGCCCAUCACCCGCACCACCAUCACCAGCUCCAGCACCUCCCGCCUCCCCACAUGCAUCAUCAUCACCACGCGGGACAGCAUCACUUACAGCACCCGGGCUCCGCCGCCGCCGUGCACACGGUCCAACAGCACACGUCCACGGCCGCCGCUGCAGCGGUGAUGCUCAACCCCGGCCAGCAGCAGCCUUACUUCCCCUCUCCCGCUCCCGGACAGGCCCCCGGGCCGGCGGCGGCCGCGGCUCCCGCCCAGGUGCAAGCCGCCGCCGCCGUCAAAGCUCACCACCAUCAUCAUCACCACCACCACCACCAGCAGCAGCACACACACCACCUACAGCAGCAGCUGGACAUAGAGCCCGACAGACCCAUCGGUUACGGAGCGUUCGGGGUGGUCUGGUCAGUGACGGACCCCAGGGAUGGAAAGAGAGUUGCCCUCAAAAAGAUGCCCAAUGUCUUCCAGAACCUCGUGUCUUGUAAGAGGGUUUUUCGGGAGUUGAAGAUGCUGUGUUUCUUCAAACAUGAAAAUGUGCUCUCUGCUCUGGACAUACUACAGCCUCCACACAUCGACUACUUUGAGGAAAUCUAUGUGGUGACUGAACUGAUGCAAAGUGACCUCCAUAAGAUCAUCGUAUCACCACAGCCUCUGAGUUCAGAUCACGCCAAAGUUUUUCUUUAUCAGAUCCUACGAGGACUUAAAUAUCUCCACUCUGCUGGCAUUCUGCACCGAGACAUCAAACCUGGCAACCUCCUGGUCAACAGCAACUGUGUGCUCAAGAUCUGUGAUUUUGGCCUGGCUCGAGUGGAGGAGUCAGACGAGUCGAGGCACAUGACUCAGGAAGUCGUGACACAGUACUACAGAGCUCCGGAGAUCCUGAUGGGGAGCCGUCACUACUCCAACUCCAUCGAUAUUUGGUCUGUGGGCUGCAUCUUCGCUGAGCUGCUGGGGAGACGGAUCCUCUUUCAGGCCCAGAGUCCCAUUCAGCAGCUGGAUUUAAUCACUGACCUGUUGGGGACUCCCUCGAUGGAGGCCAUGAGGACGGCUUGUGAAGGAGCUCGUGCACACAUUCUCAGAGGACCUCACAAACAGCCAUCUCUUCCUGUUCUCUACACACUGUCCAGUCAAGCAACCCAUGAAGCUGUCCACCUCCUCUGCAGGAUGCUGGUAUUUGAUCCGUCAAAGAGGAUUUCAGCGAAGGAUGCCCUGGCUCACCCCUACCUGGACGAGGGUCGAUUGCGCUACCACACCUGCAUGUGCAAAUGCUGCUACACCACAUCCUCUGGCCGUGUUUACACCAGUGACUUUGAGCCUGUUACUAACCUUAAAUUUGAUGAUGGGUUUGAGAAGAACCUGAGCUCUGUGAGACAGGUCAAAGAGAUCAUCCAUCAGUUCAUUUUGGAGCAGCAGAAAGGGAGUCGAGUGCCGCUCUGCAUCAACCCUCAGUCAGCUGCUUUCAAAAGCUUUAUCAGCUCCACAGUGGCUCAGCCCUCUGAGAUGCCUCCAUCUCCACUCGUGUGGGAAUAGCUGCUGCUGUGUCUUGUCACCUUUCCUGAGGAGCUGCUAAACUGGGAACAAGAGUGCAUCUCAGCAUCCUCUAUCAUCUGCGUAGCAUUUCACUGGAGAGCAGGACUCACAGGUCUGCUGUGUGUGAAGAGAAAUCCACUGGUAACUGCUUCAUGCGCUGUAUUAGUGGGUUUUGUAUGCAAAUGAAUGCGACAACAGCUUUGUAGACCAAAUCAGAAUGUUACAAACAAACUGAUCUGCUCACUUCCAGUUAGGUUAGAUUUAAUUAUAAUGAAGUACAUAUGUUUUGUUAUAUAUAUUAAUACAAAAAUAUCUAUUUUUAAAUGUCUCUAAUCACAGACAGAUUCAUUUCCCACACAGUUAGGUUAGUCUGCUUUAUGACGCCCAGCUUCACCUUUGCACCGGUGAAUUCAGUACAACUCUGACUCAGACAAUCGAUUGUAGUUGUGUUUUCUAACUGAAAACUCCCCAGAUUUGACUGAAACUGAGUUAUUAUAGACCUGUCCCCUGCACAUUCGGCCAUGGUUUUACUUAUCUAACAGUUUGUUUGCCAAAGAUGAGGAGCCUCAUGUAUAAGUGAUGCAUCAACAAAAAGAUUGUGAUUAACCUGUCAGGUCACACUGGACAGGUUCAGUCUGUCAGGUGUUUCUACCUGCUUCAGGUAGGUGGACCACUAGUGGCCAAAUUCAGAUAGACUCCGCUUUAAACAGAAGCAGCAGUGAAUGAAUGAUGAACAGUGUGUUAGUGCCUUGCACAACGUGCAUGAUUACUGUACAUUAUGUAAGCACGUCGACACGCAAGAGACACAGACCCACUUUAGACCUUACCUGUCAUUUCUUUGUACACAGCAUGGCUCUAUAUGCAGGGCAAAAUAUAACAAAGGUGAAUCUAACAAAUAGAAUAAUAGAAUUAUAGUAAAUUUCAGCCUUGGACAUUUGAACUGUUCAUGGUUAUAAAGAGAAUACAGAAAAAUGUUUGGUUAGUUAAAAGAAGGACACAGGUACAGGAAUAAUCCAUGUGUAGAUAUAUGUGACAUAUAUGUACUGUAUACUGUACAUGUAUUAGAGCAGGUAAAUGUAUGCAUGUAUCUGCUAAGUUGCGCAUGAUAUCAGUGAUGAAUGUAUGCGAGCGUUUAUACAUGAGGCCCCAAAAUGUUUGCAAUGAAGAUGUAAACCUGCCUGGGUCAGUGGUCGUGGAAAGGCUCAGGUUGCACCCCCACCUUCCCACCUGAAAAUGAACUAUGAAGCGGUCCCAGUGGAAUCUGCUUGGUGGUCUUUUUAGAUGAGUAGUGAUUAGGUGUUGAGAUCAUUUAGUCCUAAAGAUGAAGGUUUAAAAGCUCACCUGUUAGCUGUGAAGUUUGGUGUGAACAGGAAGUGAGCUGAGGGAGGGAUCAGACCAAAAGUUCUCCACCCUGCUCCCAAUCUAGACAACAGCCCACCUGCUAACAUCCUGCUCUAACUGAACACUGUUUGUUUUAAUGAAAGAAUGUGUGCUGUCUACUUGUGUGCCUGCUAAUGUCACUGCUGGGUCAGUGAGGUCACUCUCACACACACUCAGCCAAACUGAGCAAAUGUUUCCCCAGGGAGCCUAAAGAGAAGGAUUCAUGAAAACAACCUGCACCCCAUGGCAUUAGCCUGACCUGGAUGGAGGACAGUGGAAGGUGUACAGCCUUUCUUCUCUUUUUCACAAUCUGGCUCUUUUUUUUGUAGUGUCGGCUGUCCUUCCUGUUUAUUAGAACAGAAUGAAAAUGCACACAGCACCAGUUCUGUUUGUGCUUUGAGUCUGGUUGUAGAUCACGCCUCAGCCAUGUUAUCUCCAACACUUCACCUCCACCUUUGUUUAAACCUGGCUGCUGUGGCUGAUAAGUCUGGACCAAUGUCUUUUUUAUCUAAGCAAACAGAUAACACAACAUUUUCCACUUACAGCCCAGACCGCAGUCACAAGAAUGAAAAAUAAUAAGAGUAAAUAAAGUGGAGCAGGAAUGAGUCCUAAAACCAGGUAGUAAGUUAGCAUUUUAGCAUUUCCUGUUCCCUCAUCCCAAAGUCAAUGUGUUUUUGGUUAAAUGUCUGUGGUUUCAACACAAGCUCAAGACAUUUUCAGUUUUUAUUCUCCGACAUAAAAACCAUCAGUAAAUCCCCCACUCCUGAUGUUUGAAGCUUUUACGUGUCUUAAAAAAGGCGGUUGUUAACGAGUGUCUAAAUGAGACUACAGAGGUUGUCGGGGACGUUAACAUGAAAACCCAUCUACUCACCAGUCCACCUUUACAGCCUCGUUGUGUUUCUACUCACGCUCUUUCAAACUAUCACUAACUUAUCACGAACUGUUUUGGCCUUAAUAUCAGCAAUUUCUUUCCCCCUUAAACUUGUCUUGUUUUCAGACUAUACGAUUACGUUUCCAUUCAUUACAACAGAUAUUCUUUUUGAAUAGAGCAAGUUUUAAGUGAUUGUUUGUAGCCUUAUAGAGUGGUGCAGGAAUGAGUCCUAAAACCCAGAAGUAAGUUAGCAUUUUAGCACUUCCUGUUCCCUUGUCUCAAAGUCAGUGGUUAAAUGUUGGUUAAAUGUUUGAAACAAGGUCUGUGGUUUUACCACAAGCCUAAGAAAUUUUCACGCUUUACAAGUUGGAAGCUUAGUAGUGGAGACGUUGACGUCAUGUGACCGUGGUGUAGUUGGUUUAUAGCCUAACAUUAGCUUUUUACUUCUGAAGAUUUUAUUUAGGCUUCAAAAAACAUAAAAGUGGUGUACAUUUGUGCUAAACAAAACAUUUAAGUAUCAUAAACUUUUGUUGAUCACAGAAUUUUCUGCAAUAAUCCAAGAACUAAUGAAAAAAAAUCCCAUUGGCUUUUUGUGGAGGGAACCAGGGUGAUGCUAACUUCAGGGCUGGAUUACUAAAAUACAUCAUCCCUGCACCACUCUAUAAAUAUGUUGAAAGCUCCAAAUACAGAAAAAAUAAGAGAUGAUGAGGAAAUGACAGAAGGUGGUCUUCUUGGCUGUUGUGAUAGUCUUCCCUCCAGACCUUUCCAAACACAGCUCUGCCCAUGUCUCACACAUUUUAAGCAGGGUUUUAUCAUUUUGAAGGAAUCCAGCUGAUCCUAAGAGUAGCUGGGGUCACAUGUGGGCUGUUUGAAUCCACUCAGUCUGACUCUGGACCAGUGAAAUCCAUAUAGCGUUUUUAGUAGAUGAGCUGGUUUAAGGAGGGCAGAUUGUUGUCACUUGGUAACAGCUCGGUGAGGAUGUGAUGGUUCCACAUGUUCUCGGAGCUGAUGAGAUGAUGGCCAACACCAUGAGGAUGAGAUAACCAGAUAAACCAGCAAUAUCAUUCUCUGAGGGUGUUGAUUCUUUCUUCUGUCUACUUGAAUAUAUCACCAACUACUACACAACUCUUCAUGGAUCUCAGCUCACCGUAGAACCCAAACACGUAGCAUAUGAAUGAUGUAUAACUGAUGGCAUGGUCUCACCUCAGUGGGUUUUUUAAAAUCUGGUAAUCCAGUGCUAAAGUGUCCCCGUGUUCCUCCUCAUACAUGUAUAAUGUCUCCAGAAAAAAGAGCUUUGAAGUAAAUUAUUUAAUAUAUUUUUAGAAUUGUUUUCUAUUCCUGUUAUUGUGUCGUAUAGCAUGCGUCCUCCUCACACCUCAAAGUAUGAGUAUGUAUAUAUGUUAAAUAGAGAAGCAGAUCUACACACCAACCUAAUAAACAAUACCACUGUAUAGAAAUUGUAUUAGCCUGCACAUUUCUAAGGCUGUGAAGUUAAUUUUAUUUUUAAAACUUGCAUACAAAUGUAUAUAUUUUCUUGAUUUUUACCCUGCAGCUAGGAUGUGUAGAGGACAAUGAUUCACAGAGUACACAGUCACGUUAACUGUAUCUUGUGUGUACAGCAGAGUUGUAGAUAUAUCUAAGGAGAAGCCUUUCUUUUGUUAUUGAUGUUAAUGAUUUCAUCACAGCAACACUGUGUGAAUAUGUAUAUAAAGGAUUCACCAUGUUGGUCUCUACCUCUUGGGCUCAAUAACUUGGCUUUGUUUACCUCCACACUUUUCUGAUUUAAUGUGGGGAUGAAUUGAAAACACUUGAAUGUCAAUUCAAGCUUUUAUACUGAAGUAAUAAAAAAUAUACUGCCCCCACCACCCUGAUCCCCGGCCCUAACUGCUGACCUUUCCUACACUGAUCAAGUGCGAAACACUCAGCUGACAUUUUGAAUCAUUAGUAUAGGGCUUUGUAAUAAGCCCUACCAAUAGCCAAGGGUUUCCUGACUGUUAGUCACUCUUUGAUAGAAUACGGCCUAAUGAGGAGGGAGAGUCUCUGCUGCCACCACAGCUGCUCUGUUCACAGCUCAGUGUCAACGACUCCACGUCAUACACACAUCAUCUAUUAAAAAUUACACUAAUGAAUGGACUAGUGUUUUAUCAGGACACUGUACUGUCUGUGGCUGGACUUCAGAGUCCUUAGAACAAAAACUCUUUUCAGCCCUGUGAUCACCUGUUUUGGUUUACCAAUGAAAAAGAGAGGUAAAGGUUCAGAAGAGGUUUGUUAGUGAGUCUUGAUCCUUCCCAACCGAGAACCAGAUCUGAAUGGAACCCAGCCCUGCCACUAUAUCCAUUAUAGCUGUGGUGUCUUCUGCAUGUUGGAGAAACAUUUCCUUCAAGGAAGACAAAGGCAGCAUCAACACAGUUUCCAACUGAAGAGAGGUUGGAGAGGUCAGAGAGGUCAAAAUGCUACAGCCUUAGGAAACCAAACAGAACAUGGAGGAAAGGAAGUGAAGAAAUGCUUUUCUAAAUGCACAACAACUUUCAGACAAAAACAAAUUGAGAAACAAAAGAUAACGGACUGCAGGAUGAACAGGAGUUACUUCACUGGGAGUCUGACAGAGUCCAUGUUCACACUGGUGCAGAAAAACAGCUUCUGGACACAGUAACAGUGUUAUUGUGCAUUACUGUGUAUAUGGUGUGUUGUGAUGGUCCUGAGCUGAGCACUGAUGAGAUGAAUUUUUACCUCAGCUGCAGCUCUCCAUUUUCACAAACCACACGAUUCAAAUAAAGAAUGCAACAAUGCAACAUACUCGCCUGCAAAUUUCCAGGAGCUGAAGCUCCACCACAACCGGCUCAGGACAUAAUUUUUAAGAUGUAGAAUUUUCUUCUCUAAAUGUGAUGUAUAUGCUGUCAGAGCGUUAAUGCAGUGCUUUCCUGAGGUUCAGUGCAUUGAGCUCUCUCAACCUCAGGUGUGACAGUACCUGGAUGUAACCUGGGUGAACAGCUUCUCUGUUGGUUUGACCUGAUCAGACUCAGUUUGAUUUCUGUCACAUGGUCAUAGUCUUCAGUGAGAUAAUCCACUCUGAUGAAAAAUAAAUGUGUUAUUCAUCCCUGUGCAUUACCUCUCAUCCAUUCAACAAGCUCUCUCACAGGAAAAAGACGGAAAUCAUUGAAAUGUGUCUGUUGGAAACUGAAUGGGACUUUUCUCAGGAAUGAACACAGCUGGUAGUGGUGCAGGUCGUCGCUCUCCCUCCCCAUUGCCUUUAUCAACUCUUUGUGUAGAUAUAGUUGUUUCCUAUAUGUUUUAUUUUAUGUUGGAAUGAAGUACUUGAAUCAAAUGAUGCUUAUUUUGGAAAAUUGUAGAGUAACAACUGACAAAUUUUGUGUGAGACUAACCACAACUCAACAACUACUGGACUAUUUGGAUUCCUAUGAUUUGCUGUCCUAAACCAUGUUUGUAUAUUUGAUGUUUUAAUCAGAUGCAUUGUAAUUUGAAUAAACGUUGCAGUAUAUACAGUACAUAAAUGUAUCUAUUAAACUCUGCGUUCAAAAGCUGUAAAUCAAAGUUAAUAACUAGGUAUCCAGUUGACGGAUGUCAUUUUGGAAAGUGUGAGGUUGACCCAAAAGGUUCCAUCUGGAAAAUAGUGAUGAAAACAUUAAAUGUGACAUUUAAAGAAUGCCA